CCAUGGAGCGCGCGCCGCCCGACGGGCCGCUGAACGCGUCCGGGGCGCUGGCGGGCGAGGCGGCGGCGGCGGCGGCGGGCGGGGCGCGAGGCUUCUCCGCCGCCUGGACCGCGGUGCUGGCCGCGCUCAUGGCGCUGCUCAUCGUGGCCACGGUGCUGGGCAACGCGCUGGUCAUGCUCGCCUUCGUGGCCGACUCGAGCCUCCGCACCCAGAACAACUUCUUCCUGCUCAACCUUGCCAUCUCCGACUUCCUCGUGGGUGCCUUCUGCAUCCCGCUGUACGUGCCCUACGUGCUGACCGGCCGCUGGACCUUCGGCCGGGGCCUCUGCAAGCUGUGGCUGGUGGUGGAUUACCUGCUGUGCACGUCGUCCGUGUUCAACAUCGUGCUCAUCAGCUACGACCGCUUCCUGUCAGUCACCAGAGCUGUCUCGUACCGGGCCCAGCAGGGUGACACGCGGCGGGCGGUGCAGAAGAUGCUGCUGGUGUGGGUGCUGGCCUUCCUGCUGUACGGGCCGGCCAUCCUGAGCUGGGAGUACCUGUCUGGGGGCAGCUCCAUCCCUGAGGGCCACUGCUACGCCGAGUUCUUCUACAACUGGUACUUCCUCAUCACGGCCUCCACCCUGGAGUUCUUCACGCCCUUCCUCAGCGUCACCUUCUUCAACCUCAGCAUCUACCUGAACAUCCAGAGGCGCACCCGCCUCCGGCUGGACGGGGCCCGAGAGGCAGCCGGCCCGGAGCCCCCGCCCGAGGCCCAGCCCUCGCCGCCGCUGCCGCCGCCGGGCUGCUGGGGCUGCUGGCAGAAGGGGCACGGGGAGGCCAUGCCGCUGCACAAGUGCGGGGCGGGCGAGGCGGGCGCCGGCCCCGAGGCCGGGGAGGCAGCCCUUGGGGGCAGCGGGGGGGCGGGGGCCGCGGCCUCGCCCACCUCCAGCUCCGGCAGCUCCUCGAGGGGCGCCGAGAGGCCGCGCUCACUCAAGAGGGGCUCCAAGCCCUCGGCGUCCUCAGCCUCGCUGGAGAAACGCAUGAAGAUGGUGUCCCAGAGCUUCACUCAGAGCUUCACCCAGCGCUUCCGGCUGUCGCGGGACAAGAAGGUGGCCAAGUCUCUGGCUGUCAUCGUGGGCAUCUUCGGGCUCUGCUGGGCGCCGUACACACUGCUGAUGAUCAUCCGAGCGGCCUGCCACGGCCACUGCAUCCCCGACUACUGGUACGAGACGUCCUUCUGGCUCCUGUGGGUCAACUCGGCCGUCAACCCCGUCCUCUACCCGCUGUGCCACCAUAGCUUCCGCCGGGCCUUCACCAAGCUGCUCUGCCCACAGAAGCUCAAGCUCCAGCCCCACGGCUCCCUGGAGCACUGCUGGAAGUGAACCCCGCCACCACCCACAGCCAGCCCUCCGCCCUGGUGUCCUGGGCAGC